CCCCUGGAUACCAUUGUUCACAUUCCCAUCACCAGCCUCGUCAAGGUCAAGAUCAGGCAACUUGUCACCAUACCAUGUCUGACCCGGCGUCUUCAUCGGGCUCAUCGAGCUUACGCCCGCAGCAAGAUGAGGACGAGCAGCAGCAGCAGCAGCAGCAAUCCCCCCAUGAGGUCCCUUCGUCACCUCAUCUACGGCCACGAGCUCAUCGCAGCGCUUCACCCACUGCAUCUUCCAGCACUGCUACUACCUCUUCCACAACCCUAGCCCACACUGAAGGUACCCUCCCAGGUACCUCGCUGUCACCACAAUCGAGCAGCAGCAGCGGCAGCAGCUCAAGAGGCAGUGUCAGCGAGCGGGGGACCGCCUCUCAUAGAGGAGACCUGACUGCCUCUGUCAUCUCCAACCUGGAUCUCAACGAGUACAUGGCCAGUCCGAGCCUCAGAGGGCAGGUGGACGAUGCUGCAUCAUCCAUGGACGAGGCCGAGGUGCUGAAGCUGAGGGAGGGAGUAGCCAAGAGACUGCCGCUAGUGAGAGAGGAUACCAGCACUAGGAGAGCAAUCGAGGAGAUGAAUUCGCCAGGUACAGAGGAGCAGACGUCAUCGACAGUGAUAGGUGACUCAUCGGCGGCACUUCACGGGGGCGACAACCUCCCCCACCAUCCCAUGUUCGAUCGAUUAGAACCUCCUAAUGCAUCGCUAGGAGCGGCUACCUCGUCCUCCUCUUUCUCAAGAGAAUCAUCGGGAGGGGCAGGCCUCACAGCACUACUUACGCCGGACGAGCCGUCUCUUCUCAGUGACUUCACUGAGGCGCAGGAAGCAAAUCAUCGCCAACAUCAGAACCAGCAUCGGUAUCAAUCUAGCGAUGACGGCCAAGAGGAUGACGACAACGGCGCCGCUCAUCAGCCCAAGACGACCUCUGGCACCUCCCACGUGCAGACAGUACCCACUGUCUCUUCGACAGGUAUGCCCCGUCUCAUCCACCGCCAUGCAGACGACCCAACCCUACAAUCUCACUAUGGCUCCCAGGGUGCUCCGCCCAAGGAGCUUCUACCGGAAGGCAGUACCACAGGGCGGCAAGGUGACGAAUCUGAAUCAGAUUCCGAGUCGGAGUCCUCCAGCAUCACGUCCUCCUCGUCACGAGGUGGCAGUCGCACGCACACGCACGCCCCAACGGGCUCUCUCAUCCUGACGGCCCUUUCUCCUUCUUCGCAGAUCAGCUGGGGUCGUCGUCUGGCCAUUCUCUCCUCGAGCUUCUUUGUCAACCUAGGCCUGCCAUUCAUCAAUGGCGUUUGUCUUGGCUUUGGAGAGAUUUUCGCAAGGACACUCGUCGCCCCCCUGGUGCUGGGUAUCGUCAACAGUCGAUGGCCACAAUUGAGCGGUGGUGGAGGUUCGGGAAGUGGCAGUGGCAGUGGCAGUGGACGUGUGACGACGAAUGUUGGUAGGACGCGGGGCGAGAGAGAGGAAUUGCGGAGAGAGACGGGUAGUGGAAGGGGCAUAGGCACGGCCGGAGUCGGGGUGAGGGCUACAUCGUCCUAUUGAGCAAGUAGGAUGUACGUUUAGAUGGGGAAGGCAGCGAUGCAGGCGCAUCUUACACGCUCAGCUCCUCGUAGGACAGAGGUUGCUCGGUCACAAUUUCAUCAUGUCAUCAUCGCUCAAUAUUAGAUAUCAAUGUGUCACAGCUACCUCGCUUGAGCUAUGUUCAUCGUUAUUCUCCACCCCAUAUCGAAGUAUUCACAACCUUUGUUCCUUUUCUUCGCCCCUCUUCUCUUCCUUCGACUCCGUUACUCCUCCUUGACUCC